CUGAGUUUUCUAGUCACCGGAAAACAGAGCAAAAAACAGAGGAGGAGGAGGAGGAGGAGGAGGUCGGCGGCAAUGGGCAUUUUGCAUGAGGACAUGGUGGUAAUUAGCCAGGCAGAGAAGGCUGGAGAUCCUACUGUGAUCACUGUGAAUUGCCCUGACAAAACUGGGCUAGGCUGUGAUCUGUGCAGGGUUAUAUUGCUCUUUGGGAUAAGCAUUUGCAGAGGAGAUGUUUCGACGGAUGGAAAGUGGUGCUACGUAGUGUUUUGGGUGGUGGGAAAACCGGAAACAAGGUGGAAUUUGUUGACAAAGAGAUUGUUAGAAGUGUGUCCCUCACAUUUUACAACUUCUGGAAUAUACUAUUACCGGCCGGAAAACCAGCAGCCUAAGCCAUUAGAUGUUUUCCUUUUGAAAUUCUGGUGCUCUUAUGAACAGGAAGGCCUAUUGCAUGAUGUCACUAAGGUUCUUUGUGAGCUUGAGCUCACAAUAGAGAGAGUGAAGGUGUCUACUACCCCAGAUGGGAAAGUGAUGGACCUUUUUUUUGUUACAGAUACCAGAGAACUGCUGCAUACAAAAAGAAGACAAGAUGAAACAAUUAAUUGCCUGAAAGCUGUCCUGGGGAAUGUCUUGUUGGGUUGUGAAAUUGAAUUGGCUGAGUCAAAAGUUACCGCAUGUUCACAGGGUUCUCCUUAUCUUCCUUGUGUUGGUACUUCUUGGAGACUUAGUUCAAAGUUUGUGGUUAUGUUUUGGUUGGACAGGAUCAGUAGCUAG